GGCCAAAAUCCGCGCCAGUUGCCCCCCAGUCAUCAAACGAUUGGGGCUGGAAAUCGGAAUUGAAUCUGCUCCGUUUCCAGCGUUUGUUUACAUUCCUCAGAACCAAAACAAACCCAAGACACCGGCGAAAAAAUGACGCAAAUGUCCGAUGAGCAGUUUCGCAUAUUCAUCGAAACCAUUAAAUCGCUGGGGCCGAUCAAAGAGGAGGAGCCGCCAUCCAAGGGCAGCUUCAACAACUGCACGGUGAGAUUCAGUGGCCAGCGGGAUCACGAUGCCGUGGACGAGUUCAUCACUGCCGUGGAGACGUACAAGGAGGUGGAGGGCAUCAGCGAUAAGGAUGCGCUCAAGGGACUGCCGCUGCUCUUCAGAAGCAUUGCGGUGGUGUGGUGGAAGGGUGUGCGCCGGGAUGCCAAGACCUGGCCGGAUGCACUCCAGCUGCUGCGCGAUCACUUCUCGCCCACCAAGCCCUCCUACCAGCUCUACAUGGAGAUCUUCGAGACGAAGCAGGCGUACGGCGAGGUGAUCGACUCCUUUGUCUGCAAACAGCGAGCCCUGCUGGCCAAGUUGCCGGAGGGACGUCACGACGAGGAGACGGAGCUGGACUUCAUCUACGGACUGAUGCAGCCCAAGUACCGGGAGAGCAUUCCCCGCCACGAGAUCAAGACCUUUCGGGAGCUACUUGAUCGCGGCCGUAACGUGGAGCGCACAAGAUACUGAUGUUAGCUAGGUUACUUAUGUAAAAUUGUUAGGGAAAUAAACGCUGAUUACAAUAAAUAAACCUGUUAAAAGCC